CAAACCUUAAAUAGCCCAGCACAAGCUCCAGCUGGUGCUGCAUAUCCCUGACUCCAUUAGAUGAGUCAGGAUCCAAUCCCAUCAGUACUGAAAAGCCUUCCCGACCUACUUCCCUUUUCCCAAAUCAUCAGCAACAAAGAGAUUCUGUCAUCACCUCUCUGCAACAAGGAUGAGACUGCGGUGAAGGUCUCCCCAUGAGUGCAGCCCUGCAGGUGACAGCAUUCGGGCUUGCUCUUCUCUCAACACUGUUCCUACUCCUGGCCACGUGCACAGACUGCUGGAUGGUCAAUGCUGAUGACAGCUUGGAGGUAAGUCACAAAUGCCGGGGCCUUUGGAGGGAGUGUGUCACCAACAUGCAGGACGGGGUCAGGACCUGCGACCAAUAUGACUCAAUUCUGGCUGACCACCCAGUGAAGAUCGUGGUGACACGGACCCUGAUGAUCAUGGCAGAUCUCCUGGCUGGCCUGGCUUUGGCUGCACUGGUCCUUGGGCUCGACUGCAUCACCUUCCUGAAGGAAGAUCCAUGUGCCAAACUGAAGAUGUGCUACGGAGCUGGAGUCAUACUCUGCGCUGGGAGCAUCCUGGGGUUCAUAGGCUCCGUGUGGUAUGCAGUGGACGUCUACGUGGAGAGGGCCAUGCUGGUGUCACACAAUAUAUUCCUGGGAGUCCACUAUGACUUUGGGUGGUCGUGCUGGCUGGGGAUGGCUGGCUCCAUGGGCUGCUUUGUGGCAUCUGUCCUGCUGACCUGCUGCCUCUAUGCCUCCACAGGUAGCCCCCAGCAGCUGCUGUCAACCCCAGAGGCAUCCCCAGCCCUGGGGCCGAACAGCCACCCGGACAGCCAUCAGCAAGAUGUACGCCAUGGAUUCCCGUGUGUGAUGGCCAGCAGCACCUCCUACACCCAGCCCUGAUAUGGGACACUCUCCCUGCCAGUCUGACCCCAUUAAAGCACUAGCACCUGUACUGAGACAUUUCUACAGCUGCUUCCAGGCUCUGACACAGCCAGCUGGCUGCUAAAAGCAAAGGUACUGCAGCAGUCAGCCAGGGAAGGGUUUUUUCCCCACUUCCAGACAGGUUUCAUGAAAAUAAAUCCCAGAAAAGUAUUGCUUUAAGGAAAGAUGCCCCUCUUCCCCGGGAAAGCUGUCAGGACACUGAGGGCAGAGUAGCUCCUCUGACAUUGCUCAGCCCAUGUUUGGGGGAAUUCAGUGGGAAGUCUUUUCCACACGGAGCAGCACUGACUCCAUGUGGCUGGUAGCCCUCCCACACCAGCCCCACUAGAAAUCUUCCCAGGGCUCGGACUCAGGGCGACACAAAGCUUGUGCUCAAAAACUGGGUAAAACCAGGAGUCUGGAAUACUUAGUUAUCCACGUUUUCAUGGGGGGAUCAUGAAGGAACACCAAUGCCAUGCACACAAGACACAAGGAGGUGAGUCAGUCUGAAGCCUGAUGGAAAUGCUCUACCAGGAGAGUGUGGUUUUUAAGUUCACACAAAAUGAGAAUUCUGUUUUCCAAAUGAAUUACCUUUAGCAUUUGUAAACCAUUAUGAAAAGAAACCAGAAUCUGAAACCACAACUCAUUCCCCACCACCCUCAGUUACUGAAUGCUGGUUGUGGCCUCAUUCCCUUUCUCACCCCAAGCUAAGCACACAGACACCAUUGCAGCACAGGGAAACCAAGCAGAAUCUCCUCGGCACUGUCACCCUGAGAGGAGGAAGGUCAAACUCCAGGCCCGAGCAGAUGGUGCUGCAGGGGCACAAUCAGUCCCCAAAACAGACAGGUGUGAAGACUUGCAGUCCCACUCCUGCAGCCCAGCCAGGCUACAAAGCAUCUGCAUCCAAAAUGGAUGCAUACACCUGCAUCCAAAACCUAGAGGAACUGUAAGGGUCUUCUUGAGCCAUCUGCCUCCUCACAUGAAGCCAAAAGGCAGCAAAGCUGUUUUUAAUUGAAGCUUCUCACACUUCUGCAAGAGGGAAUGUCUGGGGCAAGUCUGUCCCUGUUUCCCAGGACCCCAAGGAUAUGGGAAAGGAGAAAAUCCAAACACGGAGUGACAAGAACAGAGAUGAGAUUGUGCUGUCAAAACAGCUGUGUCUGGAGGGCAGGAUGCUCACAGAUGGCACAGCCAGGGCAUGAGCAGGUGGGAACAUUAGCAGGUGGAGAGAGCAAAGCCUGGAGCACUAGGAUUAUUGGGACACCUGGGAUGAUUGAGACACUGGAGCCCACAGGAAAAUUAUUCAGAGCACAGAGCUCACUAGUAUGCAGAAAGGCCCCAAAAGCUGCCAUUGGACAGUGACCCCCUCCUGCAGGUGCUCUGCAGUGGUUCUAACAGGUGUUGUCAUAUCAUGGCACACCUGUGAGCUCCAUGCUGAGGGAGCAGCCCCCACUCACCAGGUUCUCACCAUGGCAAUGGGGUGCAGCCAAAGCCAGUUUUGUCAUAAGGCACAGCUCCAUCUCCAUGCUUCUGCACCCAGCUGGCACUGCAGCGCACUCAUGGAGCAGUUGUGCUAUAGCAUGGCCCCAAUGACAAGUUUGGGACUUUUUGUUAUCUAGAACCUGGCACAGGCUGCCCCGAGAAACUGUGGCUGCCCCAUCCCUGGUAGUGUUCAAGGCCAGCCUGGACAGGGAUUGGAGCAACUCAAUCUGCAAGAUUCAAGUGGAAGGUGUCCCUGCCCCACUGACAGGGUAUGGGAUGAGAUGAGCUUUAAGGUUCCUCAUUCCUCCAACCCAAACCAGUGUGUGAUUUUACCAUUUUGGGGGGAGGGUUCCCCCCCCCCCCUUUUUUUUUAAGCACCUUCACACCACCUCAGGUCUGCAAGUGCUGUAUUCCAGCAAGGACAUAGCCAAGUUGUAUCAGCAAACAGCUCCUGGAAACACUGGGCUAGCACUAGAAACUCCCACCCCUCUGUGCCUGCCCAUCAUCCUCCAAUGUGACUCAAUUGCACCUUCAUUGGUUUUUUUACUUCAACUUUUCUGCUUUACGCCACCAGCCUGUAUGCCCAAAGAGUAAAGCAGUAAUUUUUUCCCAAACCUUCUGUGAAUACUUAAAACCUUUAGAACACCUAAGCACACAUGGUAACUCUUUAAGACCUUUAUUAACAGAUGCUUGCAGUUUGACUUGAAAAAAUCAGGCGUAUAUUUCAUACAAAUUAAAAAUGAGGUUCUUAAAAAUCUCAACGUGACCAGAUAUGAAACAAUUUACAAACUUUUAAAGGUAUAUUGAGAAAAACCAGGCUUUUAAAAAACGUGUUUAUCAUUUCCAAAAAGAGAAU